AUGAUUGGUGGGCUCGAAUUACUUUAUUCUGUAUCAAACCUCUCUUAUUAGACUUUUUUAUCUUUAUAUAAUUAAAAAAUAAAAAUGCUCAAAAAUAUUAAUGUAAAAAAACAUGCACUAAGUUAUAAAGGUAAAAUGUCUUCAGAUUUGGAAGCUAAUUCAAGAUUAUAUAUUUAUUUAGGAGAUUCGCUUGCAUUUACAAUUAAUUUCGUAGAGGUUGUUAGGAAAAUCUCACCAAACUUAUCACAUUCACAAUGUAACUCAAUUGUAUUGUUAUUUUAUACUCUAUUCAAAUUACACUAAUAAAAUUUUCCAGUUAUUGUUCUAAUUACACAAUAUAUUUCAUAUUCAGAUAAGAAUUAUGAAGUAUUUUAGCACACUUAAUAGGAUCCAAAUUGUGUGUCAUAAAUAGAUGAAAAAUUUUCAUAUUCUUAAAAUCUUCUAUUAUAAAAGUUUUUCAACUUAAUUUAAUAGUAAUUAUCUGUGGAUAUUUGUAAUGUUUGGUCAUUAAAAUAUAUUUUGAGUAUUUCUUCCAGAUUCAAGUUAAAUCUUAAAGGGUUUGUUUAAAAAUAAGUAUAUUCAAAUUGAAUAAAAUCAAUAAGGUAAUCUUCUUAAGUUUAUGGGAUAUUAAAUUAUUGAUUAAAUAAUUAUUUAGUUCUUCUUUUGA